GGCCGCCGCGGCGAAGUUCCCGACCGCAUUUUCUUGGCAUUGCUCGCAAGUGUGUAUUUUCUGGGCGAGGACCAUCGAAGAGCAUCUUGGAUCAUCUUGCGGAAAAAACGCGCACGAAACCGAAAACUGCACAGGGAAUGGACGUCCGAGCGAUGGCAGGUCUUGCUUCCCCGAAGGACUUGCGGUCGCUGCAGGAGAGAAGGGGCCCGAAUCCGAACCGGCAGCGCUUCCAGGGCAGGAGGAGCGUCAACGUCUUCGCGGACUCCGAGGCGAUGAAGAAGAAGGUGCGCGAGAACCUACUGGAGCCGGAGUACGACGUCGCGACGCUGUACAAGGAGACAGGCAUUUGCCAGGCGGUCGCGAGGAGCGACUUCUUCGCUUUCGGUGGUAUGAUGGUGGUCGUUCUCAACGCAAUAUGGCUCGCCGUCGAGACGGACCACAACGACGAGCCGAUCCUGUCGGACGCCGACCCCGGCUUCCAGGUCGUGGAGCACCUCUUCUGCGCCAUCUUCACCCUGGAGUGGCUCAUCCGCUUCGGCGCGUUCGAGAACAAGCUCGGCGGUUUCAGGGACACCUGGUUCCUGAUCGACACCGUGCUGGUCGCUCUGAUGGUGCUGGAGACGUGGCUUCUCACGCUGCUCUUCGCGCUCAUCGGCGGGGGCACCAGGGGCGCCGGCAGCACAAACGCGCUCCGGGUCGUGCGCGUGUUCCGGCUGACGCGCGCGGCGCGGCUCGGGCGUUUGCUCAAGGUCGUCCCAGAGCUUCUGGUCAUCGUGAGGGGUGUCGUGGUUGUCGCGCGCACGGUGUUCCUGAUCGCGUGCGUGCUGGUCCUCAUCAUUUACGUGUUCGCAAUCCUGUUCACGCAGCUGGCCAAGGAAAGCAUCCUGGAAGACACUGUGUGCAGCGACGUCGCCACGACGAUGGUCACGCUGCUCUUGGGCGGCGUGGUCCCUGACAUCGCGGACACGUACAGGGAGUUGUCGUCGGUUCACCCCAUGUUCGCGAUCCUCUUCCUGUGUUUCGUGUUGCUCUCGUACGUCACAAUUAUGCACGGUGGCGGAUGCUGAUCGGCGUCUUGGUCGAGGCCGUGGGCGUCAUUGUCUCCGUGGAAAAAGAGACGAACCAGGUGGAGAGUGUGAAGAGGGUGUUGCUGGAGGGCAUUGAGGCUGGAUUUGACCCGGACCUGGACGGCCUUUUCGGCCCUGCUGAGCUCGAGAGGUUCCUGAUGGACCCGAAGACCUCCAAGUCGCUGCACGAGGUCGGCGUGGACACGAUCGCCUUGGUGGACUACAUAGACCACAUCUACGAGGAGCGGGAGUACAUCACCUUCGCGGAGUUCCUACAACUGCUGCUCCAGCUGCGCGGCGGCAACACCGCGAAGGUGAGCGACCUGGUCGAAAUGCGGAAGUUCCUGUUCUUCGAGCUACGCCGGCUGGCGGAGCGGGGCUUCGACAACCAGGCCAGCUCGGCCGACAGGAGGGCGCAGUACUCCAACGGCAGCUCUGGCCGCGACUUCUACUCCCGCCAGAACACCGUCCUCGACGGCACCAGCAGUGGUCAAUGGCGCCCGACGGUCGAAACCCAGUGCACGAUGCCCACCUCGCGGCGCGCGACGGCGGUCUCGCCAGAGGCGGCGCCUGGGAGGCAGGCUACCUCUUUCCCGCUGGCGACCGCCGCCGAGGCGGCGGAGGAUGCGUCGCUCGGGACGCAGCCCUUCGGCGGCGGCGCCUCCGCCACCGGCUUGCGAGGCGCGCCCGCGGCUCCGGCCGCCGCGCCGGAGCGUUGGCAGGACGAUGGGGGAGAGGCGGCGCCAGUGAGGCAGGCCGCACUCCCUCGCGGCGCUGCCGCUGCUGCCGCUGCUGCCGCUGCUGGCUCGAGGAGCGCGCAGGCGUCGCCGAGUGGCUCGCUGCCCCAGCAGCCCGAGGUGCAGCAGCCUGAGGUGGAGGCGGAGGCCACGGCCUCCGUACUGCCGCUGCCCCUGGGGGUCCCGAGCCCGCGCCCACCACGCCUCGGAGGCGCGCGCCAUCCGCCGCCGCCGCCGCCGGGCGAGGCGGCGAUGCUGCCGCCCGCGGUGCAGACGGCGUGGCCACCGGGGCAGCCGCGGCAGGCCCAGUUCUGAGGGCCGGACUGUAGCCCGCCCGCUGCUUCUGCCUGGCGCAGGCCCGCUGCCGCGCCCACCGCCGCCACGGGGGCGGCCACGCUGCCGACCGAGGUCUGGUCGGCGCGGCGCGUUGGGCGGCCGCAGGAGGUUUCGUCCUGAGGCCCGCUUCGAGCCUCCAUCCUGCUCCUCCGUUGGGCCGUUUUGUUUCCCUGGCGCGGGUCGCCCCUGCGCCUUCCUCGUCGCCUCGCCGGAGUGCGGUUCGAAAAUGCGUCGCGGCGUAGGUCCGUGCCGCGGACCUGUGAGCCAGGGCCUGGAAGACGCAGGCCGCCUCAUCAGAUCCCUCAGAUCCCUCUUGCUCUUUUUCUUCCCAUUGCCCUGCGCUCGGGCCCACUGCUGCGCUCCUCCGCCGCCGCCGCCGACCGAGGCGGCGCAGCAGAAGGGGAGCGCGGCGGGACUGUUGUUGUUCAGCGCUGGCAGUGCACCGAGGCAACUUACUUCUCAAGUUGCCUUUCCUAGUGCAGCCAGGCCGAGGUAGUUAUAAGAUCGAGAUCGGUUCCGGGAGCACCCUAAUGUUUUUCGCGUUUCUGGGAUGUUAUUAUGCACCCAGGGGGGAGGAUAUCCUUGGAUGUUCUGUGUGUUUUGGCCAGCGGAGGGUCCCAUGUUCUUCGAGAAUGUUGUUCUGACCGAACUAGGUCCGACUGUGAAACUGGAAUCGCUCGCUCUCGCUGUGCAGAGAGAGCCCGUAUCACGCCAGGUGUGCUUGCGCUUGAACUUGGCCUUCUGGCGUCCACUCCCUAGCAGACGACAGGUCAGCCUUUCAAGCACCGCGCGACGCGGGGCCACUCCGCGGCUGGAUUUCCCUUUCUCGGCGAUUGAGCCGCGCCCAUUCAGGCGGGACGAGGAGAGCCGUAGCCUUGGGAAAAACAUUGGCAUGAUCUCUGUCCAGGGGCACGGACUGGUUAUCCAUGAUCCUUUGCUCUAACAUGCCAUGUAUGACCAGGUUGUGUCGUUGAAGUCA